AUGGUAAAUACACAUACACCAAGUUUGCUAGUCUCUUUGGCACGAGAAAACUUACCACCUCAAGUGGCUCAGCGCUUGGCUCGUGAUCUCCGGAAGCUCGUUGUAAAGCCUUUGAACGGUAUCCGGUACCUCCCACAAGAAGAGGAACAGCUCGGUGAGAUUCACGCUGAAAUUUGUGGACCAGAGGAUACCCCUUACGAAGGCGGAUACUUUACGGUGAAGCUUACGCUUACCAAAACUUUUCCAGAGCAGCCACCGCGUGGAGUUUUCCUGACGAAGAUAUUCCACCCUAAUGUGUCGCAGCCGGCAGGAGACAUUUGUGUCAAUACGCUCAAAAAGGACUGGCAGCCGACACUUGGACUCGCUCAUGUACUGCAAGUAGUACGCUGUCUGCUGAUUGUCCCGUUUCCAGAGUCGUCGUUAAACGAUGAGGCUGGAAAGCUGUUUCUAAAUAGUUAUGACGAGUAUGCAAGACGUGCAAAGCUGUGGACAAAUAUUCAUGCACCGAAACGAUCGGCCAUCGCUUGUGAUGAAACUGCAGAGACGAGUGGAGAAGAGGAAAAGAAGAACUGUGGUAGUAGCUAUCAAUACAAGCGAUCCGCAGAUGAUGCUGCAAACUUGGAGGACAGGAAGGAUGCAGCGUUGUUAAUGACAAAGAAACAGAAGAUUGAUAUCCAUGUUGAAGUUUCUCUCAAGAAGAAGAAAGCCAACAAGAAGAAAGGCCUCAAGCGACUGUAA